AUGAUCCAGAGAAACGUCGCAAAAACCGAAGAAUUAAUAACAAACCAAAAUGAAGUUGUGGCUACUAUUUUGCAUUCUUGUCACGUAAAUAAUUUAACCGAGGAAGAAGAUCCUCAUCAAAGAGCCCGUAAUGCAAAACCAAAUCAAUUAACUGAUGAGAGAAAACAGACAGCUCCAAGAACGACUAAACCAAUUUAUUAA